GAUGGACUAUUUACUUAGCGGAAAUAAUUUAUUCCAAUAAAAAUCUCUCCUUUACUGCCUCUUAUCGGAUCUAAAUCCCAAACCUUUCACUGUAGAUCUACGGAGAGACCCAGUUCAAUCUUUCUUGUUUCUAUCAAACUCGAUCUCUCUUCUUUUACCCUAGCUUGUUUUUCACUCACUGUCACUGCCGCUAUUGACAAUCCAUUAUCCCAGAAGAAUAUCAAAAACAAAUUCCAAAUUUAGUCUUGAACGAUUUUUCUUUUUAAAAUUUUUUGCAAAAAAUUUUUAUACUUUUUUUGUGGGUUUGACCAGCAAUGAAGGAAGGGAAAUCGACUAAAUUGAAUAAUCAGCUGCCACAGCAACAUCAAAACGGCCAUUUUUCUCCUUUCAAAUUUGGUAAAUUGUUGGAUCCAGAGGCUUCUUGGGAUAAAGAUUCAAUUGGGUAUGUCUUGCACUGGAUUAGGCAAUUUGUGGCCCUUGUAUUUUGGAAUUGCUUUGGGGUGCUAUACCUUUGGGUUGGAGGUAUUUGGAUUGGCCUCUUUCUCUUGAUAUCCUCUGGGAUCGUAUAUGGCUAUUAUUCGAUGAUAUUAAAGGUUGAUGAAGAAGAGUUUGGUGGUCAUGGAGCUCUCCUCCAAGAGGGGCUUUUUGCUUCUUUUACUCUCUUUCUGCUCUCAUGGGUUCUAGUAUACAGCUUGGCGCACUUCUGAUUUUGCUCGGUAUACAAAUUUGGGUUCCUCCGCCAUUUCAAAGCGUGGUGUUAUCUUAGUCAGUUGUACGAGGCACCAUUACUUAUGCCAUCCCGAAAACAAGAAUGAGAAAGUUCUUUACUGGCGAUUAUUAUGACUUGACUACGCUUUGAUUAUGCAACAUCUUGUUUUUGCUAUGCAUGGGAAUGCUAAUUUUUCAUUGAUGGUAAAUCGAUGUUUUAAUUCAACGGUUCUUCAUAAAUGCACUGGCAAGAUAUAGCAACGUGAAGUUUAUGAUCUGCUAGAAAUACUUGUUUUGACUAUGAUUUUAAUGAAUUUGUAUUAGCAAAAGAUUUUGAUUCAACAUUUGGUAAGAAAUGCCAACUUAUUUUCAAACGUA